UUUUUAUGUCAAUCAGAAAAUUUUUGUCAUAGCAACUUUUUUGGCUUUCGCAACAAACGGUUUGGAAUCGUGUUGGGGAAUUGCAAUUUGCUACAGUGUAGUCGCCGCCGUUGUCUUUCAAUAGCUUUGUACGUUUAAAGAAACAACAAAAUAUACGUAAAAUGGAUUCGAACGAGUCAAGCGCGGCUUCAGCUGAAUUGAAUGGUGCAAGCACAAGUACAAAUGGAAAUACAGCCACAACAGCAAAAGCAAAUGGCAACGGCCCCUGCAGAGAUGACGAUUCAUGGAAAGAAAUCACAAUUGAUGUACCAUGGGGUAUUAUAGCUGGCAAAUGGUGGGGUCCACGUAAUCGUCAGCCAGUACUAGCGUUUCAUGGUUGGCAAGAUAAUGCCGGCACAUUCGAUCGCCUGUGUCCACUGCUUCCCGCACACAUUCCAAUACUCUGCAUUGAUCUACCAGGACAUGGCAAAUCUUCACAUUAUCCCAAGGGUAUGCAGUAUUUCAUCUUUUGGGAUGGCAUUUGUGUAAUACGGCGUAUUGUACGUCUCUAUGGCUGGGAAAACGUUACACUAUUGGGCCAUUCAAUGGGUGGCGCCCUCACAUUCAUGUAUGCAGCUAGCUUUCCUGAUGAAGUAGAUAAACUCAUCAACAUUGACAUAGCCGGUCCGACUGUGCGUAGUAUCGAACGUACGGCAGCCACUACUGGCUGGGCUUUAGAUAAACUUCUGGAUUAUGAAAAAUUACCGUUAAAAAAACUACCGUGCUAUAGUUAUGAAGAGAUGAUCAAAUUAGUUUUAGAUGCCUAUGACGGUUCGGUGGAUGAGGAGUCCGUUAAAGUGUUGAUGCGUCGUGGCAUGGUACCCGUGCCACCGGAAAUGGAGAAAGAUGGCUAUAAUUUUGUGCGAGAUUUACGUUUGAAAGUGAGUUUGCUGGGCAUGUUUACAAUGGAGCAAGUACUGGCCUAUGCUAAGCAGAUACGCUGUAAAGUACUCAAUAUACGCGCGGAACCUGGUAUGAAUUUCCAAAAUCCCCAAUUCUAUUUGGAAGUAAUUGAAACGUUGCGAAAGCAUGCAAAAUUGGUGAUAUUUGAGAAAGUACCUGGCACGCAUCACUUGCAUUUGGUAACGCCAGAGCGAGUGGCGCCCAUUAUUAGUGAUUUUAUAUUAAAGUCAUAAGUGACUCUUUCACAUAGUGGAGGCUUUAAGCUACUUACAUAUAUAACUAUUACAUACAUACAUAUUUAUAAGAGACGAAACUAAACGAAAUAGUCAACUAAAUGCUUUUAUCAUAGUAACGCUGUGUAUAAUGAGGUUUUUGAAAUUAAUUGUCAUAAGUGCGGGCACAAAUCAAGUAUUAAAUAUUUGUACUACAGAAUGUGUAUGAAAACUGCGUUCACACGGAAUUCGAAAAAAAAAAUUUUAAAUACCUAAUAUAUUGAUCAUUUUAAAGAUUU